AUGAGCUCCCCGGAUGAGGUGUCUGUGUGGGGAAUGUGUUUCGGCCCAAAGGGCAGGGAGCGGGCCGGCGUCCGCCCAGCCGGCCCUGCAGUCCCACGGGGACCCGACCCAGGCCCCGAGCCUGGGGAACCGCGGAGCGGCGAGGGCGCAGGCGGCUUCCCGGACCCCGAGGGCUUCCAGUCGGAGCGGGAGAUGCUGGAAGCGCGAGGGCCGGUGCUGUGGGGCCGCAAAGGCCGACCUGGCUCCCCAGGUGACCACAAGAGGGACCUCCUGGACCUGAUCGAGGAGUCUGAGGAGGCCAACCUGCAGCAGCUGACCGACCAGGACACGCUGGGCGUCCGCAGAUACCCGUCCCCGGAGAGCUCCACCGCCUUCGAAGUGUCCACCGUGUGGACACUGCACCUUGAGGCGGGUCCCGGCGGUCGAGGAGCGCGCGGCCAGAGCUGUGGGGAGGGGCCGACGGCUCCAGCCGGCCCUCUCCACCUCGGGAGGCCUGAAGCGGGCCGGGCCUUGGGGAACCCUAAGAGAGGCACUAACCGUAAGUUGAACGUGGCUGCGGAUCGCCAGCAGCGCUCCGCGGAAGGCCUGGCCUGGCUGCUGUCCGACUCCGAGUCCUCAGAUGAAUUCA